AUGACCGUUGGUGACGGAUUUUACCUUCGGUACUACGUGGGACACAAGGGGAAAUUUGGGCACGAAUUCAUGGAAUUCGAAAUUAAUCCCUCGGGUCUUUUGAGGUACGCCAAUAACUCUAAAUACAAGAACGCCAAGAUGAUCCGGAAACAAGUAUACCUUUCUCAAACUGUACUGAGCGAAUUUCAACGCAUCGUUGAGGAGUCCCAGAUCGUGGCGGAAGAUGAUAAAGAUUGGCCGGAACCAGACCGGGUCGGGAAGCAGGAGCUGGAGGUCCGUCUCGGAGAAUCCCACAUCCGCUUUACCUGCGCCAAGAUUGGAUCGCUCCUGGAUGUGCAGGACAGCAAAGAUCCUGAAGGCCUGAGGAUAUUUUAUUAUCUCGUUCAAGAUUUGCGGUGCCUCCUCUUCUCAUUAAUCGGUCUGCAUUUCAAGGCGGGAUCGUUGUAA